AUGUUCGAGGGUUCCAUGGGGCCAUUGAAUAUUCGAUAUCUCAAGACUGCCUACGGCGAUUUUGUGGAUCUGGAGCAGCGAAUCGUUGGCGACCUCUUUGACGAUAGAGGAAAUGACGGCAAUAUCCGAAAUUCGAUCCUGGAGGUCCACAGGUAUCCACCCCAGUCAGUCGAACUCGGUACUCUACAACGCUUUACCUCGCUGGCCCCAGAUUCAUCCGCAAGACCACACAAACGGCCUUUUGAGCAAUCUUCACUGUCCUACCCUUCACAGCACUCACGAAACAUACAUCGUGAAAUACCAAGUAUCGAAGAGUCGGAUGCUGAGCCCGAUAGGCCGUUCGGGACAGCAACCAAGCGGCAGCGCACGUACGAAUCAAGGCUUAACAGGACAUCCGCUGCCCACCAGCCGUUGAGAAUGGGCGAGGGACAGCGAGAUGGGCUGUAUCACUCAUCUCAGACUUCUGGGACGCAGGAAUCGAUUCAUCAGGUCCUUGACUCGCAGAUAUCGCCUGGAAAGAAGCAUUUAAACCCGUACGGUACCCCAACGUCCCUUACCCUUGUCGGUCCACAAGAGUCUAUCCCUGGCAAUGAGGUCGACCUCGCCGCGAUACCGGACUCACCACUUGGCAGAGAAACAACAGCGGUCGGCAGAGCUUUUGGAGGAGCUAUGCAACUCGAUCGUGAGAGCACAAAAUCAGAAUCACCAGAGCUCAGAGCGUCGGUUCAUGAAGUACCACCCGCGGGCACAAUCAAUGCAUCUGGCGAACAGCCUACUACCAGUGCAAAUCCGCCAGAACCUUCAACGACCCCCUUCAUCUUCAGCUCGGCAUUGCAACCAGUAUCAAUUCCGCAGAUUGUCGACGAGUAUGCGAAGAACCAUGGUAUCGGUGUAAGGCAAAUAGGGGAGAAGGCAGCCAACGUCAAUCAAACCCCUAGGCACCUACGCUCGACAGCAGAACCAGAACACGCACAAAACGUCGGGAGCAGCAGUAGAACUUUGCGCAGCUCAGAUCCCAUCUUUGACCCUAUCGAAUCAGACACUGAGAGCUUUCAUGAAAAACAGCAAAUGCAAAGUGCGAAGCGCCUCAAAUCCAGCAAAACGACUGCCGCAAGCUUCACAUCGCCUAAGGAAUCGGACGAAGCAGGAGCAGAUCGCAGAGACGGCCAGUUCCUCGUGCCCACUUUUCCGCAAUCGCGUAAGAAUGGGGCUUCCAUAUCCCUAAGUGAAGUCACCAGCCCAGCACAGUGCGAGAAAAUCCAAAAGCCAAGACGAGACCCCAGGGAUGAAAACAUGAGCGAUCAGAAUGUUCCGAAGCGGCAUGGCAAACAUGAUGCCGAGCCUCUUGAGCACGCACAGUCUGAGCCUUACGAUAAUGACCGAACAAACUUAGAUCGAGAAACACCGAAAGAAACUACUGUUCAUAAUGACCUUGUGGAUGCGACCCAGACCUCAUCUCAAGCUAACACUGCCUGGUCGCAAGAUUCCAAUAAGUCUGCCAAUGGCACAGCAGAAUCAAUUGUCCAGCAAAGAGGCAAUCACGUAUCAAGCCAGGGGCAGAAACCAGAUGAAACAGUGUGCUUAGAUCAUGAUGCCAAUGGUGUAGUUCGCAAUCCGGGUGACAAUCGCUUCGCUCGAGAAGCAGAACGACUGGCUGAAGAAGCCGAAGAACUACAGGAGAAGAAGAGAAUUAGAGAAAAGAAAGAUGAAGAGAAGAAACUAGCCCGAGAUACCUUGGAAAAGGAAAACGUGGCAAAGAAGGAGGUAGCCGAGCGCAGAGCCAACGAGGAAAGACUAGCAGACGUAAGAGAAGCAAAAGAAAAGAAAGCCAGAGCUGAAGAGUCAGCGCAGGCAAAGAAGGCAAAGGCAAAAGAGGAAGAGCUUGCGGAGGCCCAGCGCAUUGAGGAGAAAAGGGUGAACGCAGCGCGACUAGCAGAAGAAAAGAAGAUCACCGAGAAGCUGGCUCGCGAACGGCAAACCAAGGAGACGGCGUUAGCAGAAGAAGCUAACAAAGUGAUGCUGGCAGCAGAAGGCGCCAAGCAAAUUGAGGCAGAGAAGAAGGAAAAGGAAAAGGAAAAGGAAAAGGAAAGGGAAAGGGAAAAGGCAAGGCUCAAAGAGCUGGCAGCCAAGAAACAAGCUGAUGAGGCAAAAGCCGACGAGAAAACCAGAGAAGCGCAAGGCAAGAACCGUGAGAAGAAAGCUCGCGAAGAACAGCGUGCACGAGAGAACCCCCAAAAGCCCGCAGACAUCGAUUCCAAAGACACCAAGCAUCGAGCCCAUCGAGCCGGGACAGCGCAAGAGACGACGACGGCGUUGAGGGAGCAAGGUUUAAAAAAUUUAGCAGACGGAGACGUGCAGACGCUGAGAGAUUCUCCGGAGAUGCGAAGUCGAGCUUCAACAGAUCCUUCAGCAUCCUCCAAUAUUGCAGGUCGAAAGCGGUCUAUGACGCCGGUCAUACCCGGAUGUUCUGUCACCAAAUUUUCUCCAUACGAGGGUUCCUUGAGGUCAAGUCCUUCAAGCAGCCGAUCUUCAGGGAACAUGGAUGCGCCACUUCGAAGUGCCCUUCGACACACUCCAAGUGCGCUGCGUCGGUCUGUGUCUUCUGUAUCUUUCGACGUGCCGCCACGGGCCAAGCUCAAUGAGUACAUUCCUCCGACCUCGAAGUCCAGGUCUCUCAAAGGAAUCAACAACGAGCUUGCCACCAAGUCAUCAUCCGCAACAAAUCCUCCGAAGAAUCCUUCCAGAACAGCAUCCAUCGCGCCUUCGGAAACGCCCAUGAAAUCUCUCAUUCCCAAGAAAUCAUCGGACAGCAAAAUCACGAAAAUUCCUGCCAAGAAUGGCAAGGUCCAGACGAAGCUCAAUGUGACCAGAGAGGUGAAGAAGAAGAAGGGUCGUGCCGUUGAUCCUCCAAUUAUGUCCAAGCGGGCGCCAGAGAAGGAGAUAGUUCUUUCAUCUGGCGAAGAUACAAGCACCUCAGAGGAACCAGUGUGGCAGACCGGCAAUGCCGAAGCUGGGCCGAGUGCAAGGAAGCCCAUCUUCCCCGUCACAACUUCUCAAGAAAAGAAGACUGCGGAAGUGAAAUCUUCAGGUGUAGCUUUAGACCCUGUUCUCCGCAACAUCAGAGUCGAAAAGCACAGAACAGCAGCUCCAGCUACUCUCCCUCGCUCCACAUCUAAAUUGAACACCACGUCUCUGCAGAAAUCAACCUCUCGAUCCCCGGCCCUGGCUUUGUCCGAAACGUUGUCGUUGAGCUCUGGUUCCGCUUCCAGUAUAGCUUCGGAUUCAGAGUUGGAGUCUGACGCAUGGGUACAACUCCAAGCGUCAUCAUCUAAGACGCCAACUGGGGCAAAGAAUGGCAAGCUGGCACCUGUCACUGUGGAGGGGUCCAGCAAGGCCGUCAAUGUCGGGGUAAAACAACCGGAAGGCUACUUACAAAGCAAAGCGUCUUCGCAGUCAAGCCAAGCCUUGUCUACUUGCUCACGCAGCGCUAUCUCAAUGCAUGGUGAUGGCAAGCACGUCGAUCAAGCGGCGGAUAAACAGUUGCAGCUCGAGUCUCAGCAAUCGAUACCAAGACCUCGCGUUAAACAGUCUUCUUCAACCACCAACGGCGGUGCAGAUGGCAAGGUCAUCAAUCAAGGGCUAGACCAUGCCGGACGCCUUCCUAACGGUAUCCGCCCUGCCUACUACAAGUAUCCUCGUCUCUCGGAGCUCCAGAAAGUCCCUCAAGCAGUCACACCAGGGGUGAAUCCGAAAUUGGACACUUCCUCAUCGCAGCCACUUAGCGCUUCACCUGUAGGAAAGUCUGGAUCUGACAAGUCAAGCAGCGAUAGCGAUGAUAGCAGCAGCAGUUCAGACGAGGACGAGGAUGUCGAUGAGCCACCCAGUCAGGCUAGCUCCAACAAGAAGUUCCGUCCUUACCCGGGUAUGGGAGGAGUGAUGAAGCUCGCAAAUGCGGUUCGAUCCAAGUUUGUUCCUGCCCAGCAAUAG